UCUCACUCUUUUUAUUUUACCUAUUUGUCUUCAAUCACAAAAACACAAUGUCGCAGGUUCGCUUUGAUGGACGUGUCGCGCUGGUCACUGGCGCAGGCGGCGGCCUUGGUCGCGCGUACGCACUCUUGCUUGCAGAACGCGGAGCGGCUGUCGUGGUCAACGAUCUGGGUGGCACGGCACGCGGCGAGGGCCAGAGCUCAAGCGCUGCCGACGCUGUCGUCGCAGAGAUCAAAGCCAAAGGUGGCAAGGCUGUUGCAAACUACAACUCGGUCGAGGACGGCGAGAAGGUCGUGCAAACUGCCAUUGAUGCGUUUGGUCGCCUGGACAUUGUGAUCAAUAAUGCCGGUAUUCUGCGUGACAAGACCUUCACCCGCAUCAGCGAUCAAGAUUGGGACCUCAUCCAUCGCGUGCACCUUCGUGGCUCGUUCAUGGUCACCCGCGCUGCUUGGCCUCACCUGCGCAAGUCUGGCUUUGGCCGCAUCAUCAUGACUGCCUCGGCUGCCGGCAUCUAUGGCAACUUUGGCCAGGCCAACUACUCUGCGGCCAAGCUUGGUCUGCUUGGUCUGAGCAACACGCUUGCCAUUGAAGGCGCCAAGUACAACAUUUACUGCAACACGAUUGCUCCCGUCGCGGGCUCCCGCCUCACUGAGACUGUCUUCCCCGAGGAGCUCGUCAAAGCUCUCACCCCCGAGUUUGUUGCCCCCGUCGUUGCCUAUCUCUGCCACGACUCUUGCGUCGACAACGGUGGCCUGUUUGAGCUUGGCGCCGGCUGGGUUUCUAAGCUGAGGUGGCAGCGCACUCGCGGUGCCGUCAUCGAGGGCAGCAUGACCAUCGAGAACAUCCGCGACAAGUGGGGCCAGAUUACUGACUUUAACCAGUUUGACUACCCGACCAGCAUCACCGAGUCGAUGAACACAAUCAUGUCGCACCUUGAGAAGCGCAAGCUCGGCUCUGACGCUGCGAGCUCGUCGGGUGCCGUGGACGUCAACGCUGCCAAGGCCCACAAGUUCACGCAAGAUACGUUUGCGUACACUGAUCGCGACGUCAUCCUGUACGCUCUUGGUAUUGGUGCCGAACGCACCGACUCGGACCUCAAGUUCCUCUACGAGAGCGCGGACGGCUUUGCAGUCCUCCCCACGUUCGGCGUCAUCCCCGCUCAGGCGGCGCUUGGCCAGGUUCUUGCAGGCAUUCCCGGCUUUGAGUUCAACCUGACUCAGCUCCUCCACGGUGAGCAGUAUCUUGAGGUCAAGGCCCCCAUCCCGACCUCUGGCACGCUCAUCUCCAAUGCUCGUGUCUCGGAGAUCCUGGACAAGGGCAAGGGAGCCCUUCUGUUGAUUGAUGUCGACACGACCGAUCAAUCGGGUCAGCCCAUUCUCUUCAACCAGUUCUCGCUCUUCAUCCGCGGGCUCGGCGGCUUUGGCGGCGCCAAGACCUCUGCGGCGAUCAAGGGCGACGCACAGGCUGCCGUGCCAUCGCGCAAGCCGGACGCCAUUGAGCGCGAGGCCACUUUGCCCAAGCAGGCUGCGCUCUACCGCCUGAGCGGAGACCUCAACCCCAUCCACAUCGACCCUCAGAUGGCCGGCAUGGCCGGAUUUGAGGUGCCGAUUCUGCACGGCCUCUGCUCCUUUGGCUACGCUGCGCGCCAUGUUCUCAAGCACUUUGCCCAGAACGACCCCAAGUACUUUAAGAACAUUCGUGUGCGUUUCGCCAAGCCCGUGUACCCGGGCGAGACCAUCCAGACGGAGAUGUGGCGCGAGGGCAACCGUGUGCUGUUCCAGUGCAAGGCUGUCGAGCGAAAUGAGCUUGUUCUUUCCAACUCGUACAUUGAGCUGUGCCCGAACGCAUUUGCUCAUCGUGGCGCCGCAAACGCCUGCCCUCGCAGCCUGUCCGCUGCCCCGACCGCUUCGGGUCUGCUCUCGGAGGUGCUCAUGAACGAGCUUGCGCGCCGCAUCCCCGAAAACCCCGACGUCGUCAAGAAGGUCAACUCGAUCUUCCAGUUCAACAUUACCAAGGACGGCAAGGAGGUCGCCCAGUGGACGGUCGAUCUCAAGACGGGCGCUGGCUCCGUGUCGAAGGGUGCUGCAACUGCGCCCAACUGCACCGUGACGCUGUCCGACGACGACUUUGUUGCGCUCGGCUCGGGCAAGCUCCAGGCUCAGAAGGCCUUCAUGAGUGGCAAGCUCAAGGUCAAGGGCAACAUUAUGCUCGCCACCAAGCUCGAGGGCAUCUUCAAGCAGUACGCCAAGGAAGCCGCUGCUGCGAUUGCCGCUGCCCAGUCUGGCGCUGCUCCUGCUGCUCCUGCUGCAUCUGCUGGAUCCUCGUCCGCCGGCUUGGUCUCCGACGCCCUCUUUGCCGAAAUUGGUCGCCGUGUCGCCGCCACGCCCGCACUCGUCCAGCAAGUCAACGUUGUGUACCAGUUCAACAUCACCAAGGGUGGCAAGGACGCUGCGCAAUGGACGAUCGACCUCAAGAACGGCGCCGGUUCCGUCACCAAGGCCGCCGCCGCCGCGCCCGGCUGCACCAUUACCGUCUCCGACGAAGACUUUGCGGCCCUUGUUGCUGGCACGAUCAAUCCUCAAAAGGCAUUCAUGUCUGGAAAGCUCAAGGUCAAGGGCAACGUCACUCUUGCCACCAAGCUCGACAAGGUUCUCCAGGGUGCCAAGGCCAAGCUUUAGAACACCCUUUUUUGCUUAUUCUUUGACAUUUGUUCCGUGUUUGACUUUAUCGCAAUGCAUGAAAUUGUAAAAAAAAAAAACUUUACACAUCCAA